GUUUACUGCCACAGUCAGGGCGGAACUGCUGUUCACAGAAUGUGGAGGGAGGACGGACGGUGGAGCGGAGUUACAGCGAAUCUAAACAACUAAGUUAACAUGGCGGCGUGCUAGCUUCAACCUACCUUGUUUUACGACGACCCCGCGGAGCCUCUCUCGCCCUGUUUAUGGGUGUUUCUGAGCGGUUUGAACUUCCCUCACAUUCUCCCCCGACGUGUUUCCACGAAGGGAGGCGGCGGCGGCGGCGGAGCGCUCGGCAGCCAUCUUUGGACCUGCCUGGGAGUGGGACUCGACUACUCUGGCUCCCCAGAUACUUCAAGGGUGGGGAUCUUUUUUUUUAAAUUUUUUUUUUUUUAAAGCUGUGAUAAUUAACGACUCUAGUGCGCUGUAGCCGACUGACAGCGUCCAAAAGCCCGCAAAGGAUCCAGCGUGAGUCGGGGCGGGGAUGAAACGGGAGGAAGACUCUCAUAACCCCCGAACUGUCUUGAAUUAACGACAUUAACCGAGGCGCUGAAACCUGGCCUGUCAAGGGAGGCUCUGAACACAUAUGAGACCACUGUCCUGCAGAUGAGACAUCGGUGGGGGCUUUCAAGUCGCUGUCGCAGACCCAGAUAGUUGCUGGCGGCAGCGGCAUUGCCCCCCAACUCCCCAUUAUGCCCAACAGCAGUCGGGCGGGGAGCCUGAAGGACCCCGACGUAGCUGAACUCUUCUACAAGGAGGACCCGGAAAAGCUCUUCACAGAUCUGCGUGAGAUCGGACAUGGCAGCUUUGGUGCUGUAUAUUUUGCACGAGAUUCACGGACAAAUGAGGUGGUGGCCAUCAAGAAGAUGUCCUAUAGUGGAAAGCAGUCCACUGAGAAAUGGCAAGACAUAAUCAAGGAGGUGAAAUUCCUGCAGAGCAUACAACACCCAAACAGCAUAGAGUACAAAGGAUGUUACCUGCGAGAGCACACAGCCUGGCUGGUUAUGGAGUAUUGUCUAGGCUCUGCCUCAGAUUUGUUGGAAGUUCACAAGAAACCUCUGCAAGAAGUUGAAAUAGCUGCAAUUACCCAUGGUGCUCUUCAAGGGUUGGCUUAUCUUCACUCCCAUAACUUGAUCCACCGAGAUAUCAAAGCAGGAAACAUCUUGCUGACAGAGCCAGGGCAGGUUAAACUGGCAGAUUUUGGUUCUGCCUCCAUUGCCUGUCCUGCUAACUCCUUUGUGGGGACUCCAUAUUGGAUGGCCCCAGAAGUCAUUCUAGCUAUGGACGAGGGUCAGUAUGAUGGAAAGGUGGACAUUUGGUCUUUGGGAAUAACCUGCAUUGAAUUAGCUGAGAGGAAACCUCCACUGUUCAACAUGAAUGCAAUGAGUGCCUUAUACCAUAUAGCACAGAAUGAGAGCCCCAUGCUGCUGUCUAGUGAAUGGACGGAUUAUUUCCGAAACUUUGUAGACUCUUGCCUUCAGAAAUUUCCCCAGGAUAGGCCCAACUCUGAGGAGCUGUUAAAGCAUGCAUUUGUCCAGCGUGAACGACCAGAAUCGGUUCUAAUGGACCUGAUAAAUCGGACAAAGGAUGCAGUGCGGGAGCUGGACAAUCUGCAGUAUCGCAAAAUGAAGAAGCUCUUGUUCCAGGAAGCCCACAAUGGCCCCACAACUGAGGCACAAGAUGAAGAGGAGGAGCCAGAACACAGUGUGGGCAGGACAGGUACAGUGAACAGCGUUGGGAGCAACCAAUCAAUCCCCAGUAUGUCAAUCAGUGCCAGUUCCCAGAGCAGCUCCGUCAACAGUCUAACAGAUGCAGGCGAUGACAAGAGUGAGGUUGACAUGGCGGGAGACCACACAGUCAUGUCCAACAGCUCUGUCAUACACCUCAAACCGGAAGAAGAGACGUAUAAUCAAGAGUCUGAACCUAACACCCGGCCAACUGAGCAACAGUCGCCACCUGCACAAACUCCACGGCCAAAACGAAACCGCGAGCACUUUGCCACAAUACGUACAGCCUCAGUGCUCACUCGCCAGAUUAAAGAGCACGAGCAGGAUUCUGAGUUAAGGGAGCAGAUAUUGGGCUACAAGCGCAUGAGACGGCAGCACCAGAAGCAGCUGAUGGCUCUGGAAAACAAGCUGAAGGCUGAGAUGGAUGAGCACAGACUCCGACUGGACAAGGAGCUGGAGAAUCAGAGGAAUAGCUUUGCCCAGGAGAUGGAGAAACUCGUCAAGAAGCACCAGGCAUCGAUGGAGAAAGAUGCAAAAACCGUUAGCAAUGAUGAAAAGAAGUUCCAACAGCAUAUCCAGAGUCAGCAGAAGAAAGAACUGAACAGCUUCCUUGAAUCCCAAAAACGGGAGUACAAACUUCGCAAGGAGCAACUCAAAGAGGAGCUGAAUGAAAACCAGUCAACACCCAAAAAAGAAAAACAGGAGUGGCUGUCCAAGCAGAAAGAAAACUUCCAACACUUCCAAGCGGAGGAGGAGGCCAAUCUACAGCGCAGACAGAGGCAGUACCUUGAACUGGAGUGCCGCCGGUUCAAACGAAGGAUCUUGAUUGCUCGCCACAAUGUUGAACAGGACUUAGUACGAGAGGAACUAAACAAGCGUCAGACCCAGAAGGACUUGGAACAUGCCAUGCUUCUCCGCCACCACGAGUCCAUGCAAGAGCUGGAGUUCCGCCAGCUCAACAACAUCCAAAAGACGAGGGCUGAGCUGAUCCGCCUGCAGCACCAGACCGAACUCCACAAUCAGCAGGAGUACAACAAGAGAAGGGAGAGGGAACUUCGACGCAAACAUGUCAUGGAGGUUCGCCAGCAACCCAAGAGCCUUAAGUCCAAAGAGCUACAGAUCAAGAAGCUGUUCCAGGACACCUGUAAGAUCCAGACCAGACAGUACAAAGCACUAAGGAACCAUCUGUUGGAGAACACGCCAAAGUCCGAGCACAAGGCCGUCCUUAAACGGCUAAAGCAGGAGCAGCACCGCAAACUCGCCAUCUUGGCUGAGCAGUAUGACCACUCCAUCAAUGAGAUGCUCUCAAAUCAGGCGCUCCGUCUGGAUGAGACUCAGGAGGCUCAGUGCCAAGCCCUUCGAAUGCAGCUACAGCAGGAGCUGGAGCUUCUCAACGCCUACCAGAGCAAAAUCAAGAUGCAGACAGAUGCCCAGCAUGAACGCGAGAGGAAGGACCUGGAGCAGAGAGUGUCAAUCAGGAGGGCCCUGCUGGAACAGAAGAUUGAGGAGGAGAUGCUGUCCUUGCAGAAUGAACGCUUGGAGCGAAUCCGGAGCUUGCUGGAACGUCAAGCCCGAGAAAUUGAGGCUUUUGACUCAGAGAGUAUGCGCCUGGGCUUCAGCAACAUGGUGCUAUCAAACAUCUCCCCUGAGGCCCUCAGCAACAGCUUUCCUGGGGCUUCAGGCAGCUGGAGUCAUCAUCAUCAGUACAACCAAUCUGGGAGCUCUCAAGGGCCACACUGGGGCAGUGGCAGUUCAGGCGCAGGGUCAAGCCACCAAGGCAGCCUUCACCACUAUCACUCCAGUCCAGGAGGGGCAUCUAUGCAGCAGGGCUGGGGGCAGGGAGGUGGGAGUCCAUCACCGUGGGGCCACCCGUCAGCAGGAGGCCUGGUGUCCCGCAGCAGUGGAGGUGUACAGAACAGCCCCCAAGCAAUGGGGAGGACACCCUCAGGGGGGCGCAGUGAGCAGGCAAUGAGCAGGAGUACCAGUGUCACGUCUCAAAUAUCUAACGGGUCACACCUCUCCUACACAUAGAUCCCCCGUCAGCAGUGGAGUCAGCAUUGAGUGUGGAGACGGUAGAAUCCAACAAACGCAGCAGGGUAUUGGCUGAGCUCCGCUGCUCUGUCUCUCUCUGUGACACCCCUCCAUUUCUCCCAUGUACAGAUGUGGAUGUGUGAUUAAAUAAAUGUUGCUCAGGUCAAAAGGGCUGGAAAAGGCACAGCCCGUCCACACGGCAGUUUAUCGGCACACAUACAGAUCCUUAAAUUCUAUGUUAUAUAAGCAGUUUGAGUGUCAACACAUAAUACUCCCAUUUUGUUUUUAUUUACAGCUCUCUCCUAUGGAAUUUAUGGAAUAUGUGUUGUGCUAUUAACAGCCAUUGCUCUCAUUUUGCACAUGAAACACUGUUAAAAAGUCUUUGACAUGUGUUAACUAUGUCCUUAGAAAUGUGGUAUCAAACAUUCACAGUUUUGUUUAGUACCUCCCUCCUCGAAUUACCCAAUUCAUAUUAAUUUAUACACUGGCCGAUCCUCUGAUGCUGGUUAGAACUGCAGCAAACAUCGCUCUGUUUUUUUUGGUGUUGCUGUUGUGAUACGAGCCUGCUGUAAUGGUCAUUGUGAUAAAUUAGACGACUCCGUUUUAUAUCCUAGUUUUUUUAAUUCUGAUCAUAAGCCAAAAUGAGACUUAACAAAUUUAAAGCCACAAAAACUAAUCUUAACUGUAAACCAGGCUUAUGGUACACUAUUAAAGUGCCUUUUUAAACCAUUGAUUUAAAUUAGUCCCAGAUGUUUAUAGUUUAAUACUUUCAUCAACCAUUUGUGAUCAGUCAGUGCCAGUGUUUUUUUGUUUUUUUUAGUUCGUUCUGUUUUAACACAAGUGAUUUUAAGUCCAGAGGUCCCAGAUAGAUUUGCCAGGUUCUUGUGUUCACUGUGGAUGCAGUGGAGUUGGUUUAAGCCUUAUACAUUUUUGAGAAACUUAUCCGUGCAUAUCAGUAACUGUAAUGUAGGUGUAACUUGUACACCCCUGCAUUACAGAGAAUGUGGUUGUACAUGUUGAGUAAUUGUGUGGUGGGGGGUAAAAAAGACUAAUUUGCCUUCACAACAAUCCUAAUAUUGACCUGUUGAUUUUUUUUUUUUAGUGCCUUUUUAAAACUGCUGCCUUUUUCAAAGCACUUUAUACAGCUAAAUAUAUGUAAAGUUAACGUUCAACUUCUUUUCGCCAAGCACCUGGUGGGUGUGUGUUUUGUUGGUACGUACGCUGUUAAGUUAAGGAGUCGAGCUAACCUGUGCUGUGAGUUUUUUUUAGGGGCAAUUUUCCAUAUAUGGACAAAAGCCCAGUGUAUGAUACCAGACAGUGCAGUAUGAGUGACAACAUUUUUUCCCCGUUCUGCGGCUUUUACUGUGUUUUGAAUGUGUUUGCGUGUAAGCUGUUGUUGGUUAUCUCCUCUGUGAAUAGAGGAUGGGAGGAUGCUUCUAAGAAAUGUUUUGGCUCCAGUUUUCAUUAAAAAAACUGAACUGAGUUAACUGAAGAGUUCAUUAUGUGCAGGCAGGAAGCGUAAGGAAUUGUCAUGACCAUGACAGCAGGCUUGGAACUACAAAGAAACUACAACACUGUUAAAAACAAUGUUGGGGCUUAUUUAAGUAACACUAAAAAUGUUAAGGGUCCUAUGUUAUUGAUGCCACACCAUUCUCAGCAGAGCCCAGGAACAAGGGUGAUUGAAUAAUGCACACACUCGCAUGAUGUUAUUGUUGUGUAUUCGUGUAGAAGUAAAAUCGGGUCAACACACACGCUGGAAAAACGGCCAUGUACCAAAUAAAUGUGGCAAAAGCACUUGGGUAUUCCUUUGAUAGCUGUAACUGUUCCUAUUUGAAUAAACUCCUUUCUCUCUGGUUGAUGAACUAUCACUGGCUCAGUCAGGUGCCCCUCGAACCUUUCAACAGUCUCCCCUUUCAAGUGAGGUUUUUCCAUUUCCAUACAGAAAAGGCCUUUAAGGAUACUUAUCCAUAGAUAAUAAGGAUAUGUGCUCCCCCCACCCCAAAUCACAAAGCUGGAAGUAAAUGUUCAUAUGUGUAUAUUUUAUCAAAGAAAACAUUUAAAGACUAAACUCACAUUUUAAGAAAAUAAUUUGUAAAACUAACUAUUUAACUGACAGAACAUGGGGAUAUUAGCAAACCUUUCACUCUCAAAGUUCGAGUGGUGUUGAAUUGUCUGGAUAUAUGCUCAUUGGAAGAUAUUCUUGGUCUUGUGUACAGAAUCAAAAUGCCUCAUAUGCAUGUAUUUGCUGUCAUCUCCUCUAAAUGCCACUUAUUUAGUCACCGGCCGUCUCGGAGCAUUAGAGUUUGUUCUCUAAACCCCCCGCCACUCUGCAAACAUUUGACCAAUUUGUCCCCAUUCCACUCUGAUUCAGAGCCAUUAUUCCCGAGGCUGGCUCUUUCUGAAUGUCAUACUGUGAUAUAUUCCUAUCACGUUUAAGGACACAAAAAUGCUGGGGUCUCUUUAUUAAAUCGGUGGGAUUUCAGUUUACCGUGUGUAUAUAUCCUACCUAGAAAAUAUGCAUUAUAUCAUCUUGUAUAUGGUUUGGUCCCAAAAUCCAUAAUUUUUAUUCUUGAAUGCCAAGUGACUUGUUCCGGCUACCGUAACACAGCAGGUUUAAUUCAUCAUUUCUUUUCUGAUUUAUUGAUAUUUGAUAAAAGGGGAAUGUGCUUAUCAUUAUUGGAAUCUUACCUUAAGUCAAAAGCCAAGGCUAAGACGUUCAAUGUCAGGCCCAACAAACCUCCCACACAUGCCAACCUUAAGUUUUUAUGCACAAGUUUUGUUCACUUUUGUCAGUGUUGUGUGUGUGUGUGAGAGGGAGUCUGGAUAUUGUUGUCAAUCAUCGUCAGUCAUACGACCCUCUCCACCAACCUGGAUUUUAUUUGUUUUUUUAACUUUUUUAUUUUACUUAAACUUUGAUGUCAAAUUUUGUCCUACUGACUGUAAGCAUAUGGGAUACUGAAUGAGAAUCAGCAACUGAACAUGGCGAUCCUUUCUAUGGUCAAACACUGUGCCAUACCCGAGUUGCCAAGCCCAGAUACCACUGCAUUGUCUCAUCUCCAUGGUCGUACCUAGCAUUGGGCGGAAGGCAUGAAACGUAUGAAACAUGACAAAAAGCAAGUUGGUUCACGUCUCAUGCCCAAAGUAAAAAAAAAAGGCUUGAACAGAUGAUGUGGUGACAGGCGAAUAAUGAAAAGAGAUUGCAUUUCUUUGAAGGUGUCAGUAUUCUUCUUUGGCACAUUACCACUACAACUCAUAACCUGUAUUAAAAUGUAUAGAUGGUGGAACUUGUUGAAUGUCGGAGAGAUUAUGAAGAUGUUACAUAAGAGAUGGUAAAGUACUAAAAGUGGAUUUAAAUUGUGUAAAAAGAUUCACAAAGCAGAAUAAGAAUAGGAUCAAAUUUACUAUUAUGUUUGUAUAUUUACUAUUGUUUUGGCAGAGGGAUAUUGAACAGAAAUCAGCUGUAAUAAAGUAAUUUUAGUAUAAA